UCAGAGAAGCGGCGAGGCGGCCGGAACCUGGCCGGGGGCUGGCUGUGUGCAGACGGCGAGCCGGGGCCGAGGGCCAUGGGGGACCCCGGCUCCCGGGCUCGGCGGGAGCGCCCCGGGGGCCGCAGCUGGUGCCUGCGGCGCGUGGGCAUGGACGCCGAGUGGCUGCUGCUGGAGGAUGGGAGCGAGGUGACUUUAGGCCGAGGAUUUGGUGUCACAUACCAACUGGUAUCAAAACUCUGCCCUCUGAUGAUUUCCCGAAACCACUGUGUUUUGAAGCAGAACACGGAGGGCCAGUGGACAAUUAUGGACAACAAGAGUCUGAAUGGCGUUUGGCUGAACAGAGUACGUCUAGAGCCUUUAGAGGUCUAUUCUCUCCACACGGGAGACCGCGUUCAGCUUGGGGUGCCUCUGGAAAAUAAGGAGAGUGCAGAGUAUGAAUAUGAAGUUACUGAAGAAGACUGGGAGAAGAUGUGUCCAUAUCUUGCCCCAAAGAAUGAUCAGAUAUUGGGGAAAAACAAGGGCUUGAGAACUAAAAGGAAAUGUAGUUUGGAUGAAUUAGAGGGUCCUGAAGCUGAAGGCCCCUCACACUUGAAAUUCAAAAUGAAUAAAGUGUCUAGUGAACCUGGUCAGCCACUGAGGUCACGUGGGAAAGGUGAACUGGCCAGUGGACCCUCUGAACAUUGGGAACCUCGGGUGACUUCUCUUGAGCCAAGUGAGAACGUCUCGGGGGCUCAUGUUUUCUCUGGCCCCACCAAAGUCCUGGCGCUGCAUCAUCACAAGCGGAAAGCCUCAAACCUGUCAGUAUCUCAGAGCCGCUUAGAGUUGUUCAAGGUGACCAUGUCUCGGAUUCUGAAGCUCAAAACACAGAUGCAGGAAAAGCAAGUAGCUGUUCUGAAUGAGAAAAAGCAGACCCAAAAAGGGGACUCAAAGAAUAUUGUGCAAAUGGAGCAGGAACUGCAGGAUUUACAGUCGCAGCUUUGUGCAGAGCAGGCCCAGCAGGAGGCCAGAGUGGAGCAGCUAGAGAAGACUUUCGAGGAAGAGCAGCAGUAUCUCCAGGGUUUGGAGAAAGAGCAAGGAGAAGAGGACCUGAAGCAACAGCUGGCCCAGGCUCUGCAGGAGCAUCAGGCUCUAAUGGAAGAGCUAAACCGCAGCAAGAAGGACUUUGAAGCAAUCAUUCAAGCCAAGAACAAAGAAUUGGAGCAGACCAAGGAAGAGAAGGAGAAGGUGCAAGCACAGAAGGAGGAAGUUCUUAGCCACAUGAAUGACGUGCUGGAGAACGAGCUCCAGUGUAUUAUCUGUUCAGAAUACUUCAUUGAGGCUGUCACCUUGAACUGUGCCCACAGUUUCUGCUCCUAUUGUAUCAAUGAAUGGAUGAAGAGGAAGGUAGAAUGUCCCAUUUGUCGGAAGGACAUCAAGUCCAAAACCCCCUCCCUGGUUCUGGACAAUUGCAUUAGUAAAAUGGUAGAUAAUCUGAGUUCGGAAGUAAAAGAACGACGAACUGACUUAAUUAAGAGACGAAAAGAGUGUACAGGUGGAAGGGACAAGGGCAGCAUAGGAACUGUUCACCCAGUGGCGAAGGUACUGUGAUCUUAGAAGUCAACUUCUAAGAUAUGAAUUGGAAUAUAUGGAGUGACCAUCAGUCUCCGAACCUCACAUUUCUUGUUGACUCUGUAUCCUUGAGGUUUCUGGAUGGUCUCCUUCCAUCGGGAGGUGAAGCCUGUUCUGACCAGUGCUCUGUAGUGGAGUGUCUUCUCUCCUUCACCGAAAGCUGCCACCUCACCGCAGGCCCUGGACAAGCUUUCACAGCUUAGGGGUUGGGCCUUCCUGGCAUAAUGAUCCGUCGGUGCGCCCCAAAUGCGUGCAUGGCUGGGUUUGAGGGAACCACGCCUCGUGCUAGAGAAGAGACCAGGCUGACCUUUGCUUACCUGCCUGCAGAGUCAGGAACUCUGGUGAGCACCGCCCACCAGCACCACCACCACCACCACCACGUUGUACUGAGGGCAAGACCAGUGCUUGCCAGCCAAGGCUUGCCCACCAGCCGGAGAGAAGGGCCCAGGGGAGGAACCUGAGCA